UUAAUAGUUAUUUCCUAUUGUAAAUAAUAUUAUUUUUCUUGAUUGAAUUCACUUGGCAAGUGAUAUAAAAAACAUUAAAAAUUAAUAAUAUGUUUUACAUAUGUUUUUUAGACAAUUACAAAACUCGCUAAUUGUUCAAUAAAUUCAAAUUAGACUCUGUUGUAAGUAAUAAACUAAUCAGUGAAUUGAUUAUUAAUCGACAUGGAACCACCAGAAAAAUUUCCAUUUCCAUUCCCUCCAUAUCCGAUUCAGACUGAUUUUAUGAAAAAUCUGUAUGUUUGUUUGGAAAAUGGAAAUUUAGGCAUUUUCGAAAGUCCCACAGGAACUGGUAAAACAUUAUCAAUCAUAUGUGGUGCAAUAAAGUGGCUAGUAGAUCAUGAGGAAAAUAAGAAAAAUUCCUUGUUGGCUGAAAAAGUAAAAUUAGAUAUCAGAAUUAAUGAAUUGCAAAAGAAAAUGGAAAGCGAUUGGUUUUUUGUCCAAACAGAGCAAAUAAAAUUAAAUACAGAGAAACAAGCUGUACAAAAUAAAUUAGAUGUUAUUACAAGGCAAGAGGAAAAACUAGCAAAGUACAAGGAGUUAAUCAAAAAGUACAAAGAAACUAAUGAAAAGGAAAAGCAUUAUGAUAAAUGGAAAAACUCUAAGAGCAGUGAUAAAAAGGAACUUGAGAGCAAAGAAAUUGAUGCAAUUGAAGAAGAUUUUGUCGACAUGAAUCUCAUUUUGAAAGACAUUGAUGAACAAUCUAACUAUUCUGAGGAAGAAGAGGAUGGUGCAGAUGAUAUUAAACAUAGCAAAAUAUUUUUCUGCUCAAGAACUCAUUCUCAACUGUCUCAAUUUGUAGAAGAGCUUAAAAAAAGUCCAUACUCUGAAAAAGUCUCUUUAGUAUCUUUAGCAUCAAGAAACAAUUACUGUAUAAAUCCAUCAGUGAAAGCUUUGAAAAAUAUGAGUAUGAUGAACGAGCAGUGUCAGCAGUUGCAGAAAAAGAAAUCUACAUCAAAAAAAGAAAAAGAUCUUAAACGGUCUAAAACUUCAACCUCUUGCCCUUUUAUGCCUGGAAAUCAACCUUUAUUAAUAGCAGAAAUUAUAAUGAGUGUAAGAGACAUUGAGGAUACUGUAAAGAAAAGUGAAGAGUUAAAAACAUGUCCUUAUUACUCUACAAGAAAGUCAGUGGAAGAUGGACAAGUGAUAUUAGUUCCAUAUAAUUCUAUUUUACAUAAGACAACAAGAGAUAGCUUAGGGAUCAAGUUGAAAAAUAAUAUUUUAAUUGUUGAUGAGGCACACAAUUUAUUAGAAGCUAUUGAAAGGAUGCACAGUGUUACUGUUACUGGAAAAAAUAUUCUUCAUUGUUACAAUCAGUUAUCUCAGUAUCAAAAAAAGUUUGAAACUGUUUUGACAGCUAAGAACGUAUUGUUUUUAAGUCAACUAAAUUUCUGCUUAAAAAAGUUAAUCAAAGUACUAGGAGGAACUUCAAAAUCUCAUCCAGAUGAUAAAAUUACGAAAGUAUCAGACACUAAAUUAUAUGGCAUUGAAGAUUUUGAAGCUAUGGCAGAGAUAGACACAGUCAAUAUAUUUGAUCUAAUUGAUUUCAUUCAGAAAUCUAAAUUAAUUCAUAAACUACGUGGGUAUGCAGAGAAAUAUGAACAUGAUCCUAUUGUCAAAGAAAAUGUGGAAGAGAAGAAAGGAGUUACAGCUUUUCUCCAAUCUUUGCAAAAAAAGGACAGUUCUGAUGUAAAGCAAAAUACUGUAAUAAAACCUAUAGAUGAGAAAGAAAAAGAGCAAAUUACCAGUUCUUUGAUAAUAAUUACAAGUUUCUUAGAAACUUUAAAAACUAAUUGCUCUGAUGGUAGGAUUUUUGUAACGCCUGGAGAUACAAUUGGUAAAGGAUAUUUAAAGUUUCUGUUACUAAAUCCUGCAGCUCAUUUUUCAGAGAUAAUACAGGAAGCGCGAGCUGUUGUUUUAGCUGGUGGAACCAUGGAGCCAAUGUCAGAAUUCAAAGAGCAGUUGUUCAUUGGUGCUGGAGCUAAAUCCGAGAGAAUCAUUACUUUUUCCUGCGAUCAUGUAAUACCAAAAGAAAAUAUUUUGACUUGCAUCAUGAAGACAGGGCCAACUGGAAUGGAGUUUGAGUUCAACUAUCAAAAUAGGCAAAAUGUUAAAAUGUUAAAUGAAUUAGGAAGAACACUAGUCAAUUUAUGCAACAUUGUACCAGCGGGUAUAGUAGUGUUUUUGCCAUCGUAUGGUUAUGAAGAAUUAUUAUUCAAACAUUUAGACUCAACAGAAGUAUUGGCAAAAAUUCGUAAGAAAAAGUCUAUUUUUCGAGAACCAAAAGUUGCUACUCACGUAAAUCAAGUUUUAGAAAAAUAUGCGAGUGCAAUAAGAAAGCCGAUGAAACCACAGAAUGGUUCGAUAUUAUUUAGUGUAGUAGGUGGUAAAUUAAGUGAAGGGCUAAACUUUUCUGAUGACCUGGGACGAUGCGUCAUAGUUGUUGGUAUGCCUUAUCCGAAUAUCAAAUCCCCGGAGUUACAAGAAAAAAUGAAGUAUUUGAAAGAGAAUGUUAGUCCCAACGCUGGUACAAUCUACUAUGAGAACACAUGUAUGAAGGCAGUGAAUCAGUGUAUCGGUCGUGCAGUUCGUCACAUCAAUGACUACGCAACAGUGGUUCUACUGGACAAACGUUAUGCUAACAAAACUAACUCACUACCUGGUUGGAUCAGACGUAGUCUCGACAUAUAUACAACAUUCGGAAGCGCUGUUCAGGUGAUUGCUAAAUUCUUUGCUGCCAAGAAAAAAGAUGAAUUAAAAUGAGUUAAUGAAAUUUGUGAUUACUUACAUUAUUUAUUGAUUAUUUUUCGUAAUAUUGGCUAUGAUAUAAUGAGCAGAAGGAUGUUUUCAUGCAAACAAGUUUUAUGCGAAUAGUGUUAGUUAGUAAAGUAUUAUUUUAUUACGUUUUUUACUUAUAACGAUGUUCGUACACAUUAAAUAUAAAUAUUUAACUUACUUUUAUCGCAUAAAGAAACAUAUCUGUUACAUAAAUUUUGUCAUAAAUUGUCAAAUAGGUAAAAAAUAAAAAAAGUUGUUCUUUUAGAAUCACUCGCUUUUGGUGUAUGUUUUUAACGUAUGUUAUGUUUUUUUACACAUUUAAUGUAAAUAUCUAAUUUACUUUUAUUAC